CAGUGUAUAAUAAAACAAGAAAAACAGUUGUUAGUAAGAUGUUUCAAUUAAAUUCAUCAGUUUCCUUCACACACUCAUAUUAAAAGGCAAUAAAGAUCAUCUCUUUCCUCUCAUCAACUUUUGUGAUUUGAAGUAGAACACUCUGCACCUUUUUGUUUCUCUAGAACAAAAAAAAAAAAAAAGAGAGAAAAUGGAAGGUGGACUCCCCAUGCUAAAUUGUCUGUUACAACAUACACUUAGAAGUGUCUGUACUUGCUCUGACUCUUCUUCUAAUGCUUCUGAGUGGGUCUAUGCUGUUUUCUGGAGAAUUGUCCCAAGAAAUUAUCCUCCACCUAAAUGGGAUCAUGGAGGAGGCUUGCUUGAUCGCGCUAAAGGGAACAAGAGAAACUGGAUUCUUGUUUGGGAAGAUGGUUUUUGUGACUUUUAUGAAUGUGAAAGAUCGAAAAGGGAACAUGUAACGAUAAAUUUUGGUCCUGAAAUCUUCUUCAAAAUGUCUCAUGAGGUUUAUUCUUUUGGUGAAGGAUUGGUGGGCAAAGUUGCAGCAGAUAAUAGUCACAGAUGGGUGUCUAAAGAUGCCCCAAAUGAAAAAGAUUCAAACUUUACUUGCUCAUGGAAUAUGUCUAUUGAAGCUCAACCAAGAGCCUGGGGAGUUCAGUUUAAUUCAGGCAUUCAGACUAUUGCUAUUAUAUCUGUUAGGGAAGGCAUAAUUCAGCUUGGCUCAUUUAACAAGGCAUUUGAAGAUCAUAAUCUAGUAUUAAACAUUCAGAGGAAAUUCAGCUACCUUCAGAGCAUACCGGGUAUUUAUGCAAUUCAGAGACCAUUUUUGCCAAUCCAACAUCCAUAUACUUACAAGCCAAACAAUGUCACUCUAGUUAACGAGACGGAUAAUCAAAUGGAUGACAAAAACCAGAUAAUUGGGUCGAAAAGAGUUCAUGAGUUUCCGUUCAAGUCUAUCAACUUUGGCUAUAAUAGCCCACAAACUAUGGCUAGUCUACCUUUGUGGUCGAUGCCUAUAGCAGCACCGUCUUGUUAUGCUAAUGCAGCACAUGAGAUGAGUUCUUUACAUGACAGAGUUACGAGGAACACUACAAGCAAGGAUGUCAAGGUUGUCGAUGAAUUAGGCCAUUUGAAGUUUGAGACAGAUGAGGAAAAUGAUCAAUUUUCCUUAAACCAGAACUUAGGCCUGGAAAAUAAGGUAGUUGAGGUUGGUUUUAGACAAUUAGGAAACGGAGGGGCUGCUCCAAAUCCAAAUUAAUUGCAGUUUAGUGUAAGUAACAAACUGCAAAGAGUCUAAUUACAUAGGGAUCUUUUAGUGGUUGUUAAUUAGCUUUAACUUGUUGAUAAGGUACUGAGUUAUAUGUUUAUAUGGUAAUGACAUAGUAAUCUUUAGCAAUUUGUUCUGUUCAUAUUAUUUAUUGGAUAUACACUUUCUAAGAAAUGUGAACAUAUUGUUUGGAUUUA